UCGGACUCUUUCAAAGAUGGCGCUCGCUAGUGUGUUGAACAGUGAUUAUGCGGAUUUUUCAAAGGAUGAUUUUUCUUUUGGUUGUGGCCUUGGAGUGAAAGGUGUCAGCUUAGAUGCUACAACAAGCGACGACCUCUCAUUUUCUGUGAGAAACCCUCUGUGUGCUGUCGACGAGGACGACGUCGAGAAGAAAAUAGAGUUCCUGCACGGGACAACAACGUUAGCAUUCAAAUUCCAGCAUGGCGUUAUUGUUGCAGUGGACUCUCGUGCAACAGCGGGCUCCUAUAUUGCCUCACAGACGGUCAAGAAAGUCAUUGAAAUAAACCCUUACCUGCUGGGUACUAUGGCGGGUGGAGCUGCCGACUGCAGCUUCUGGGAACGGCUGUUGGCUCGUCAGUGCCGUAUCUAUGAGCUACGCAACAAGGAGCGCAUCUCAGUGGCUGCUGCUUCCAAACUGUUGGCCAACAUGGUGUACCAGUACAAGGGCAUGGGCCUUAGCAUGGGAACCAUGGUGUGUGGAUGGGACAAGAGAGGACCAGGGCUGUACUACGUCGACUCCGAGGGGAACCGCGUGUGCGGCGACCUGUUUGCCGUGGGUUCCGGCUCCAUGUACGCUUAUGGCGUCAUGGACAGCGGCCUGCGGCAGGACCUGUCGGUGGAGGAGGCCUGCGAGCUGGGCCGGCGUGCCAUCUACCAGGCCACCUACCGUGAUGCCUACAGCGGAGGGCAGGUCAACCUGUAUCAUGUCCACAGUGAAGGCUGGACUCGGGUGUCGCAGGAUGACGUUCUGGUGCUGCACCAGAAGUACAAAGAUCAGGCGUAGUUGGAGGAGGUUCGCCGUAACUGAAAGCGCUUAAUUUUUGUAGCGAUCCACAUUCAAAUAAAGGACUCUUCUGUUACUGCUGUGGUCUCCUGCAGUGCCAUUGAAUUCUCACACCAGGUUUUUGAAAGAUGGCUGUUCAUAUUUGUAUGAUGUGGAGUGGACGAUGAAUUUCUUCCUGAAUGUCGUGCAAAGUACUUAUUCCUCAAUAAAACCCUCUGAUGUUC